GUCUAUAGGCCGAGGUGAGGGCGGCCGUGAAGGUGACGGGGGGCGGCCGUCGGGAGCAUGGCGGCGGCGGUGGCUGUGAUGCUGGGCUGGCGGCGCCCGGCCGCGGAGCUGCUGCUGGCUUUGAAGUACACAAGCCGUGGCUAUGCAUCACAGCGUACUUUAAAUGAGGUGGUGAUAGCAAGUGCUGUAAGGACACCGAUGGGAUCUUUCCAAGGAUCUCUUUCGUCACUGCCAGCCACUAAACUUGGUUCCGUUGCAAUUAAGGGAGCAAUUGACAGAGCAGGUAUCCCUGCAGCAGAAGUGAAAGAAGUAUAUAUGGGUAAUGUCUUGCAGGCUGGACAAGGACAAGCUCCAGCAAGACAAGCAGUCUUGGGUGCAGGUCUACCAAUCUGCACUCCUACCACAACUGUCAAUAAAGUCUGUGCUUCAGGAAUGAAAUCGAUCAUGAUGGCAGCACAAAGCCUGAUGUGUGGGAGUCAGGAUGUAAUGGUUGCUGGUGGAAUGGAGAGCAUGUCUAAUGUUCCGUAUACAAUGAGCAGAGGAUCAACGCCUUAUGGAGGAGUAAAGCUGGAAGACCUGAUAGUAAAAGAUGGGCUGACAGAUGCUUAUAACCAUAUCCAUAUGGGCAACUGUGCUGAGAAUACUGCGAAGAAGUUCACUAUUUCACGAGAGGAACAAGACACUUAUGCCAUAGGCUCUUACACCAAGAGCAAAACAGCCUGGGAUUCAGGAAUAUUAAAAAAUGAAAUAGUUCCUGUUACUAUUUCAAAAAAAGGAAAGCCAGAUACAGAAGUGAAAGAAGAUGAAGAAUACAAACGUGUUGAUUUUAGUAAAGUUCCAAAGCUGAAAGCUGUUUUCCAAAAAGAAAAUGGAACAGUUACAGCUGCUAACGCCAGUACUCUGAAUGAUGGAGCAGCUGCUUUGGUGCUGAUGACUACAGAGGCGGCCAAGAGACUGAAAGUCAAGCCAUUGGCAAGGAUAGUGGCUUUUGCAGAUGCUGCUGUUGAUCCUAUUGACUUCCCAAUUGCACCUGCAUAUGCUGUUCCCAAGAUUCUAAGUGAGACAGGCCUGAAAAAAGAAGAUAUUGCAAUGUGGGAAAUCAAUGAAGCAUUCAGUGUUGUGGUGCUGGCCAAUAUUAAAAUGCUGGGUAUUGAUCCACAAAAAGUAAAUAUUAACGGAGGUGCCGUCUCUCUCGGACAUCCAAUAGGAAUGUCUGGAGCAAGAAUUGUUGUUCACAUGGCCCAUGCAUUAAAACAAGGACAAUAUGGUCUUGCAGGAAUUUGCAAUGGAGGAGGAGGUGCUUCUGCAAUAUUGAUAGAGAAGUUGUAGGCCCAAAUAGCAUCAGGAAGAGCACCUCAAAUGCUCUGAUCAAAAUCAUGAGUGGUACUGGUUACAUCUUAUUUACCAAUAAGUAAGUGGAUUAAUUCCUUAACUGCCAUUCUGAAAUUUCUUAAAAUAUCAUUGAUUAUUGAUACAGGCAACUGCGCUUUCAUUACUUUGACUCAGAGCAAGUUUUUACACAGUACAAAUAAAAAAUGUCAAAUUAUGAUAAUGUCUUCAGACAUGACAAUAAAGAAUGCUUGUUAACUGCG